AGUCACAAGUGAAAUAUGUCUGUGUCCCACGGCAGCUACAAACCUGUGGACCGUGUCAUUUUUGACAUGGAUGGAUUGUUAUUAGACACCGAGCGACUUUACACGGUGUCCUUCCAGGAAAUAUGUGACCGGUUUGGAAAGCAGUACACAUGGGAUGUGAAGACAUCAGUGAUGGGGAAGAAGGCUCUGGAUGCUGCCCAGAUUAUCCGUGAUAGGCUGGAGCUCCCCAUGACAGCUGAGCAACUGCUGGUUGAAAGCAGACAAAUACAAGAAAAGAUCUUUCCCUCUGCUAAACUCAUGCCAGGUGUGGAGAAACUUGUGCGUCAUUUGCAGAAGCACAAAAUCCCCACUGCAGUGGCAACCAGCUCAGCCGGCGUGACGUUCAAAUUGAAGACGAGUCAACACAAAGAGUUCUUUGCGCUCUUUGAUCACAUUGUCCUGGGUGACGAUCCAGACGUGAAGAAUGGCAAACCUCAGCCGGACUCCUUCCUGGUGUGUGCCGGCCGAUUCAAUCCCCCAGCUCCUCCGGAGAAGUGCUUGGUGUUUGAAGAUGCUCCCAAUGGUGUAAAGGCAGCACUGGCAGCAGGAAUGCAGGUGGUCAUGAUUCCCGAUGACAACCUGGACCCCAGCCUUAUCCAGGAGGCUACGCUGCGACUAAGGAGUGUGGAGGAGUUUGAGCCAGAGCUCUUUGGCCUGCCAGCAUAUGACUGAAAUGGCUCAGACCUCAGCAUGUAAUUCAGGAAACUAGUAACCAUUGUUAAUUGAUUGGUUGUUAACCAAUAACUUGAUAGUUUAAAUUAGUAAACUAUUAGUAAAUGGAUGGACACUGUAAAUCUGCAAAUGUAAAUCUGUAUUACAUCUAUAAAUCUUACUUGGAUGAAUACUAAAAAGUUGAAGCUGAUGGUUAUAAUCUUUGUUCCAAAGGGCACAGCUCAGCUUGGAGGGUGGUAGUGAUGUAAACUACGUCUUAUUAUCUUACUUCUAUUCUGUUAUCGAACAAAAAUCUAAUAAAGAAAACAUCAUCAGUUUGAGUUGUACCAUGUUUAGGUUCUUCACUGUCACCUGUAAAAUACCCAGACUAGCAGGGACACUGGGCCUUAGUCACUGAUAUGCAAUACAAACACAAGUAAUCGUCUUACAUUCGUAAGGUAACUUUUUAAUCUGAUAAUUUAAUUUCAUAGUGAAUGGUUAAUAUUAGCAUCAGUACUGUUAUACCCAAGUAUAUAUCCUCAUAUUAUGAACUGUAGCUCCUCAGGGGAGUCACUGGAAAAGCUUCAGACGCAGGUCUGUCAUUCUGACAUUUCCUAACACAGUAUCACAUUUUGUGGUCAUGUGGAUGUGGAGACAUAGUGAAGUUGAAGUUGCACUGCUCUUGUCAUACACUUGGUCUAAGAUGCCUUUUUGAAAUGUCAGAGACAAUACUCCUCUGCUCAGAGUGAUCCAGUAAAGAGGCUGUGAGUUGUCCUCACUCCUGAAAUGACUCCAGUUUUCAUGCACUCCAUCUGCUUGCAGAGCAGGCUUUAAUGGGGGAACCCUGGAGCAGGCUGGAGGAGACUGGUGCAGCUCUGCAGUCUGCUCAGAAAGGAUUUAACUGCACUCCCAUCGACUUUCCCCUCUCCCAGCCUUACAUCCUCAAGAACAAGGUCGUCUCAGCUGUUUUUUUCUUCUGUGUUUGUUGCUUACAGAGUCAUCACUGCCUCUGGCCCUGAAAUGUGAAUGUUUCGUUUUCUGUGUGUCUUCAUUGCUUGUCUUCAGCAGGGCAAAGGUGUUUUUUUAAAUUUUGUUUUCAAAAGAAUUAUGCCUGAAAAAUAAUACCUGACUUCAUUUUUUCCGUUUGCCUUAAAUAAAUAAAUGAAUCCGAUGACAAACAA